GGAGUUAGCGGAGGAAAGAAACCUGUGUGCGCGUUCUAGCACAUUAAAGUUAAUAUAAUUUAAAGGACAUAUGCUAGCAGUAUUCUUAAAAUUACUACUACUUAAGACACCCCCGCUUUAGGAUUAUCGUUGGAACAUUCCUCAUCGCAGGGUGUGGAUCCGGAGCCGGCCAGAGAGAAUAGCUAACAGGGAGAGAGAACGGGUGAAGUGAUAUAAUUAAAGAACAAUAAAGGGAUUACCCAGGACAGAAGGGGGCCUGUUUUGGAAACAGCUUUUUGGUGCCUUCUUAUUGGCUUCUUCUGUCUGUUACUUCAGGAUUGUGUUACUCAUCAAGAAAUAUUUUUUUCUGUGGGGAAAAUCAGAACUAAACCUAUAUUCCUGCCUUUUCACUGACAUUUGAUUAGUCACUGGAUGUAUAUCAAGUCACAGAAUAUAUGAAGAUUGCUGGCAAGGAUUAUCAUUAUAUGGUUGAAACAAAACUGCCUCUGUGAUUUUUUUUUUUUUUUUUUUUUUUUUUUUUUUUUUUUUUUUGGUGUCUCUUUUUUGUGGAACCCACAGCCAGUAGUUUUUAUUUUACCUGAUAUUUGGGACGCCACAGCCCAAAACACAAGAGUUUCCGAUGGUGAUCACUUCAACUGUGGAAGAGAAGCCACAGCCUUCCAACAGGAUGGUUGCAAAUUUACCUGCCGAGUCCUGGAUCGGCAACCCAGAUCAGAAUCUGUAUCUGCCACAGUCACACCUGCUCCGGAAGCCAUCACGAAGUGGAAGCAGCUCAGGAUGCAAGCCCCACUCCUCCUCCCUCUGCCAGCCUGCAGCCUUGGGCUUCUCCCCCGCUGAGCCAACCAUGUCGAGCCAGCACAGCCACCCCUCCUUUAGCAACAUCCACUCCAUGGCCGAACAGCAGCAGGUGCUGUCAGACAUGACCAUUCUGCAGAGGAGGAUCCCCCCAAGCUUCCGAGAUCCAGCUAGUGCCCCACUGCGAAAACUGUCGGUUGAUCUCAUCAAGACAUAUAAGCACAUCAAUGAGGUGUAUUAUACAAAGAAAAAGCGACGUGCCCAGCAGGUUCCCCCUGAGGAUUCCAGCACUAAAAAGGAGCGCAAGGUGUACAAUGAUGGUUAUGAUGAUGACAAUUAUGACUACAUUGUCAAGAAUGGGGAGAAGUGGUUGGACCGUUACGAGAUUGACUCACUCAUUGGCAAGGGCUCCUUUGGACAGGUGGUAAAAGCCUAUGACCACCAUGAGCAGGAGUGGGUAGCCAUCAAGAUCAUCAAAAACAAAAAAGCCUUCCUGAACCAAGCUCAAAUUGAGCUGCGCUUGCUGGAGCUCAUGAACAAACAUGACACAGAGAUGAAGUACUACAUUGUGCACCUGAAGAGACACUUCAUGUUUCGGAACCACCUUUGCCUGGUGUUUGAGCUUCUGUCCUACAAUCUGUACGACCUCCUGCGCAACACCAAUUUCCGUGGUGUUUCGCUCAAUCUGACACGCAAGUUUGCUCAGCAGUUGUGCACAGCCUUGCUGUUCUUGGCCACGCCGGAGCUUAGCAUCAUACACUGCGACCUAAAGCCUGAGAACAUCCUCCUCUGCAAUCCUAAAAGGAGUGCCAUCAAAAUUGUGGACUUUGGAAGCUCCUGCCAGCUGGGUCAACGGAUCUACCAGUACAUCCAAAGUAGGUUCUACCGAUCUCCGGAGGUACUGCUUGGCAUGCCUUAUGAUCUGGCCAUUGACAUGUGGUCCCUAGGCUGCAUUCUGGUUGAGAUGCACACAGGGGAGCCUCUCUUCAGUGGUUCCAAUGAGGUGGAUCAGAUGAAUAAAAUAGUUGAGGUGCUGGGUGUCCCCCCCAACCACAUGCUAGACCAGGCCCCCAAAGCACGGAAAUAUUUUGACAAGCUGUCUGACGGCCUCUGGACCGUCAAGAAGAACAAGGACAUAAAGAAGGUACUUUAUCCUUCGGCUUGCGAGUAUAAGCCCCCUGCCACAAGACGGCUCCAUGAGAUUCUUGGGGUAGAAACAGGGGGACCUGGGGGCCGGCGGGCCGGAGAGCAGGGCCACGCCCCCUGCGACUACCUGAAGUUCAAAGACCUGAUCCUCCGCAUGCUGGACUAUGACCCUAAGACCCGCAUCACACCCUUCUAUGCUCUGCAGCACAAUUUCUUCAAGAAGACCACUGACGAGGGCACGAACACCAGCAGCUCCACCUCUACUAGCCCUGCCAUGGACCACAGCCACUCCACCUCCACUACAAGCUCAGUCUCCAGCUCCGGUGGGUCUAGCGGUUCUUCCAAUGACAACAGAAAUUACCGGUACAGCAACCGGUACUACAACAGUGCAGUUACUCAUACUGACUAUGAAAUGCAGAGUCCACAGGCUCCAUCUCAGCAGCAGCUACGCAUCUGGCCCGGAGGAGAGGGGGGUCCUCUGUCCAACAGUGGAGACCCUCCUUACCCCCAGCUGCUGCUGCACAAGCCAGCUGCAAGCCAGCACUCCCGCCACUUCCUGUCUGGGGUCGGGGUCGGCAUGGGAGGCAUAAUGGAGCCGCACCAUCCCCAUCCCAUCUAUGGGAGCCACCACAGCAAUGGCCGGCAGCUCCGUCAGCAGCAGCAGAACCAGCCACAGAACCAGUCGCAGCCCUGUCAGUCGGCACAGUCACUGAUGCCUGUCUCCUCCCCACAGAUGCAGGACAGCAUUGAGCUGAGCCUCAGCCACCACCAUCACCUGGGUCAGUCUUCCAUCAUGCCACCCCAGAGCUUGGACUCCAGUCAGUACGGCUCCUCCAAUCUCCACCUGGGCCUUUCUGCUUUUCGGACUAGGACAGUCAUGGCCCCCCAGCCCCCGCCCCCACCGCCCCCCACAGCCUCUCAGCAACAGUUGGCCCAGCCUCCUCCCUCUCAGGACAGCAUGGUAGCUGCCUCUGGGCUUGGGUACAUUCCCCCAUGUUACCUUGGCAGUAACAACAAUAACAACCCACCCCAGGGAAGUGUUGGGGUGGGAGGCAGCAUGUUAACCGGGGGUCCUCCGCCGAGGGGAAUAGGUGGUGGGGGACGGCCCGAUUCCGAGGAGUCGGCCAUGAUGAGUGUGUGUGGUAGUGGAGGAGGGGGCGGUCCCAAUGCGGCCAACUCUUGAUAAAUCUUGAACAAAUUCCAAAAGCCAUACAAUUUUAAUGAAACAUAAUGAAAAUACGUGCAGACAAAUACACCCACAAACACAAAAAGAUGGUCAAACAUACAGAGCCCAGUAUACAGACAAAGUUGUGAAAUAUCAAAGGAAGUUUUUGUUUUGCAUGUGAGAUUCGGAGGAUGGUAAAAAGGUUCUUGGAAAAAAUGGUUCUUUUUCAGUUUUUUUUCCAUUUCUUUUAUUGAAGCAGACGUAAGGGGGUUUACACAGAUGGAAUCAAAAGUUUCGGAAAGUAUGUUUUUAUUAUUAUUAUUAUUAUUAUUAUUAUUAUUAUUAUUAUUCAAUUUUAUGUUAUUUCAGGACAGGAUUGCAGCGAGAUUUGUUUUUGGGUUGUUUUUGGAAUAUGGAAACCAUGAAAGGAGAGGAAUAGUUUAAGAAUUGAAAUGGGUUGUGAAGAAUGAAUGGAGAGAAGUGUGAUUAAUACCCCUGCGCUAUAUUUUAUGUCAGUUUUUUUUCUGAAUUCUAGGCGUAAAUUGUAAAUUGUUAAUUUAUUAAAAUUCACUACAUGAGGAGGGAAAAUGUGGGAGAGAACAGAAAUAAGCGCAGGGUUUGGUUUUCGUGGGUUAUUUAUUUAACAAUUCAUGUAAUUUAUUUUUCUGUCCUAAAGUGGGGAAGUGUACCCACACACGCACACAGAAAAAAUAUUUCCCCUCACUCUGGUAAUCCUCCCCCUUACACACACAUACAUACACAGAUUUUGUUACAGUUUUCCUUUCUCUCUGUCUUUUUUCACCUGCCAUACUGGUUUACAUACUAACUAUUUGAAUAAAUUAAAUGACAAAUGUCAAUACAUUGGGGGGCACACCAAAAAAGAUGAUAUUUCAAAAAUAUUUGCAGAAGUUAGGAGAAGGGGUACAAUAUGACUAGGGGUUAUGAAAAACAAAACAUUUUGCUUGAAGAAAAACCAAAAUGCUUCCCUUUUUUUUUUUUUUCUUUUUUUGUUUUUUUUUCUUCAUCUCAACACUUGACUCAACAACAAAAAGAUACAUGAAAGAUAUACUGUGGGUUGGAUUAUCUAUGGCUAUUCUCAGCCAGAUCUCGCUCACUGUCUGUUUCUCUCAUCCCCUGUUUCUGUUAGAGUGAAGAGAAGUUGUGGAGACAGGAUUGAGCUGGAGGAGAGGGCUUAAAUAUUACAGGACAUGUUAAUGCCCCUGACUCCUCCUCACCCUCUACACUCUCUGACUUAACACCCCCUUCUCCCUCUCUUGUUUAUUUAUUUUUUUAACUUUUUUAAAACUUUUUUUUUAAUCCCACCCCCACCUCAAAACCCCCUGUGAGUGCAGUUUGCCAUCAAGUCAAAAAAAGAAACUUCUCUCUUGGCUGCUAUCUCCACUUUCAACCAUGUUCGGAUUGCUGCUAAAGAAAAUAGAUAAAUACAUAAAUAAAAAUAAAUUAAUAAACUUUUUAACCCUCCUGCUUAAGAAAAAAAGGAAAAAAAUAAGCUACUGCAUCUCAUGUAUUUAUUAAUAUUUAAAGAAAUAUUGUUUUGCUGUUUCUUGUUUUUGCAGGUAAGCUGGGCAUAAAAUAUAGUUUAUAAUAGGAAUGCAGUCUUGUUUAAAAUUAUUUGUAAACAGAACUUAAGGGGAGAAAUAAACUGGGAGAGGAAUAUAAUGACAAAGUGGCCACCAAAGUACAGUCACCGUCAAACUGCAUUCAACAAUAAUGCUUUCGGGGGAAGGGAUGGGUGUUCAUUGCUUAAACACUAGAAUCCUUCGAGGAUUUGUGUGAGUUAUUAGUCUGACUAUGGCAGAAUUCAAGGUGAGGUUCCAGUUUUGGGUCUUGCUGUUGCUGGGUAUAUUUGCAUGUGUUCCUAACUGAAGGUCUUGUGCAGCUGUAGGGAGACUUCCCCCGCCCCCACAUGUAUUGGACAGCUGACGGCAAGCAGUGAACAACCCUUCUGGUGUGAGUCCAUUAUAUUACGUUAGACUUGGUGAAAUUAUGGUCCUUGUGAUAAUAAUGUUACUACCAGUUGGGGGAAAAACUUCUUGUUCGGAGAAUUGAAGUUGGUAUUGUUUUUAUGAAAUUAAUACAGCUGGAGUGCGCACCUGUUUAUUAGCAUUUACUUCUGUUAAAGAAACGUAGCUAAAUGAGUUAAAUCAUGGUAGUAUCAGGUAAGAUGGGGGGAAAUUUUAGCAAUUCUAUAGUUCAGGGUAUAUGCUGAGUGUGAACAGUCAAAAGUAGUGGAGAGCAGUGACUGAAGACCAUCCAAUAUAUCUAUGUCAAAGCACUACAACUUUUGUCUAAAAUGUGAAAACUAUUUUUAUAUAUAACAAGGUGGCUUGGUUUACGUGGCUACUGCUUUGAAAAGAAAUGGGACCAACUGUGUCUUUCAUCUCUCAUUAGGAGGCUUUUUUGAAUCUGGUACUCACAGUAUAUCUUAAACUCAGGAACAUUUAUGUUCUUAGGCAGUGAUUAUGGUUUUGCACACUUUGGGGAAACUUGGUAUCGGGGAUUUUCUUGUAUGUAUCAGAUUGAUUUUCGAUCCUAUAGAUAUUCCUGUAUGCCCGUGAACAACACGUUUAAGCAUCAUGACACCAGCAUGAGGAAGUGUUUUAUUGGUCAUCGAGUUGCGUUUACCAGUUUCACAGAAGUCGUCGUCCAAGGUGUUCAUCGACAAUAUUUUUUCAGGUAUUGUUACUUUCACAUAUGGUUAAAUGGGGAAAACACACUGGAGGGGACGGUCAAUGCACGGUAAGUGAUUGAAUGAAUCACGUUAUUAUUAAUAGUACUUAUUCACGGGAAACUUGGGAAAGAAUGUUUUACUUCUUACAGAUAAGUAAAUAUUUUGGGAGGACUUGGUAUUUUAAUGUGAAGUAGGUAUAUAAAGACUUUAGCCUUCAAUCUUAUUUAGACACUGAAUAGUGGCUGGUAUUUGUCUUCCAGCAGUUUUGGGCAGUUUGACGGCUUAGCUUACCUAAAAAAAUGUAUACCUUUUCAAUACGUCAGAAUAACCAAUUGAACCACUUGACGUAGCUGUGUGUAUGUAUAUAUAUAUAAUGUAUAUGUAUGUAUGUAUGUAUAUAAAUAAGACUGAAAUUUAAGCAGCUUAUUGUACAUUUAUCAUAAAUACCUUAACGUCUACAAAGUGUUCUAAAACCUAUAGCUAUAAAUAAAAUUGGCAUAUUAGUUUUCUA